AUGCCAACAAUGCCGAUGCACCGCCAUGAAUUGCUUCAUUCAGCAAAUAUUGAUGGUAACAAUACAAAAAACGUAAUCUCAAAUAGCAAUGAUCAAAUGCGUGAACUGAGAGAAUCUCCCUUUCAGAAAUACGGUGCUUUUUCAAAUCCAAUCGAUUAUAAUCAAGAACAUCAAGACGAAUUAAAAAAUGACUUUAAGAAAGGUUGGAACAAAGUAUUGGGAAACAAACCUUCAUCAAAGAUGGUUUGCUUUUUAGUUGCCUUUAUUGUGUGUGGUAUACCAUUGACUGUUUUUGUAACUCUCUGGAUGACCAGUCGUUCAACAUCGACUAUAACUUCAACAGCGACAACGGCCUCAGUUUCUUUACCAAUACAAUGCUAUACUUAUUCAACUCUCACUGAAGUGUAUCGAAAUUAUCAGAAUGGUUAUGCCUGUUGUUGGUCCCCAUAUGAUACCUCGCCAUCUUUAACCCCUGGUUGGUAUCGUUUUACAGGAUCUGCAGGUUCAUCAAUUCUUACGACCCCUGUAUUAACCACAAAUACUUGUGGUACUAGUUAUCCUGGCUAUUUCAAUGGAACGCUACCGUCUACAGUUGGUGCAUCAGUAACAGGAACUGUUUGCUUUUAUACAGGAACUUCCUGUGGUUAUUCAUUAGCACCCAUAACAGCUGUCAACUGCAGCGGCUAUUAUGUUUUCUACUUAUUGCCAGUGGUUAAUUCAAACUAUAGAUACUGUUCGACAGCCUAA